AUGGCCGCACCAUGUGCUAGGAGAGGCGCCGGGGCGCCCUGGGCGCUGCUGGUCCUGGCCCUCCUGGCCUCGCCGCUGGCCGCUGCCCUCAAGCUGGAUAUCGACGGCCAGGCCAUCGUCGACCAGCUGCUGCACCUGGCCACGUAUUCCGACGAUCCCAACCCCGCCGUCACCCGCAUCCUCUUCACAGAGAACGACAUGAAGGCACGUGGCUACAUCAAGCAGCUCAUGGCAGAGGCGGGGCUGACAAUCAGGGAAGACACGAUGGGGGACAUCUACGGCGUGCUGCCAGGCGCCAACCCGGGCGCUGCCUCUGUAUCCACAGGCAGCCACUGCGAUGCCAUCCCGCUGGCGGGCGCUUACGACGGCACCCUGGGCGUGGUGGGCGGCAUCGCCGCGCUGCGGGCCCUCAAGGAGGCCGGCUUUGUGCCUGCUAAGCCUCUGGAGGUGGUGAUGUUCACCUCUGAAGAGCCCACCCGCUUUGCGCUCAGCUGCAGCGGUAGCCGUGCGAUGGCGGGCGUGCUGGAUGCUGGCUAUCUGGACAGCCGCCGCGACGAGAACGGGACCUCCUACCUGGCAGCCGCCACCGCGGCCGGCUACGGCGCCGCCACGUACGGCGAGAUGCUGCAGGGGGCGAGGCGCACCCCUGCUGACCUGGCGGCCUUUGUGGAGCUGCACAUCGAGCAGGGUCCCCUGCUGGAGAAGGAGGGCACCCAGAUCGGGAUCGUGACCGCCAUCGCCGCCCCCGCCGCCCUGCGGGUCUCCUUCUCAGGCGACGGCGGGCACGCGGGCGCGCAGCUGAUGCCGUGGCGCAACGACGCCUCGCUGGCCGCCGCCGAGCUGGCUCUGUUUGUGGAGCAUGCCGCGCUGUCCGCGGGCUCCUGGGACACUGUGGCGACCGCCGGAUACUGGGACAUCAAGCCCAACGCAGUCAACUCUGUACCGCGGGAGGCGGUGCUGGAGAUUGAUGUGCGGGACAUCGACCGGGAGCGGCGGGACGGCGGGGUGGGCUCCAUCCGCGAGGAAGCAGCCAAGAUCGCGCAGCGGCGGAAGGUGCGCCAUUCUGUGGACAUCAUCAACCAGGACCCGCCCGCCACCUCGGCGCCCGCGGUGGUGGCCGCCGCCGCGGCGGCAGUCAGCGAGCUGGGGUACAGCAGCAAGCGCAUGGUGAGCCGCGCCUACCACGACUCCCUCUUCAUGGCGCAGAUUGCGCCCACCGCCAUGAUUUUCAUCCCCUGCCGCAACGGGUGGAGCCACCGUCCCGACGAGUAUGCGUCGCCCGCAGACAUCGCCCGCGGCGUGCAGGUGCUGGCACACACCAUGGCGAGGCUGGCGGGGGACGCCGCCGACGCCAAGCAGGAGCUGUGA